AGGCGUUACAGGUUAUGGCGUGCGGAAAAUGGCGGCGGCCGCGGGGGGAAUCCCCGAGUGGGUGGACGCGAAGCAGCCCCACGGGCUUUUCCGCCUGGGCCGCAGGCCUACCCGGGUUGUGGCCUCGAAUCAUGGUGUCAUGGAAGGGGAUUUACUUUAUACUCACUCUGUUUUGGGGGAGCUUUUUUGGAAGCAUUUUCAUGCUGGGUCCCUUUUUACCAUUGAUGCUUAUAAGCCCAUCAUGGUAUCGCUGGAUCACCAACCGCCUUGUGGCAACCUGGCUCACGCUACCUGUGGCCUUGUUGGAGACCAUGUUUGGUGUAAAAGUGAUUAUAACAGGUGAUGCAUUUGUUCCUGGAGAAAGAAGUGUUAUUAUCAUGAAUCAUCGGACAAGAAUGGACUGGAUGUUCCUGUGGAAUUGUCUGAUGAGAUAUAGCUACCUCAGAUUGGAGAAAAUUUGCCUCAAGGCGAGCCUCAAAAGUGUUCCUGGAUUUGGUUGGGCCAUGCAGGCUGCUGCCUAUAUCUUCAUUCAUAGAAAAUGGAAGGAUGACAAGGGCCAUUUUGAAGACAUGAUUGAUUAUUUUUGUGAUAUUCGUGAACCACUUCAACUCCUCAUAUUCCCAGAAGGGACUGAUCUCACAGAAAAUAGCAAAGCUCGAAGUAAUGAUUUUGCUGAAAAAAAUGGACUUCAGAAAUAUGAAUAUGUCUUACAUCCAAGAACUACAGGCUUUACUUUUGUAGUGGACCGUCUAAGAGAAGGGAAAGUUAAUCAGAAGAGAGAAUCAAGAGGCUGCUGCUACCCUGACAAGAAACGAAGAAUCUCCCAAUCCUAGUAAUUAGAAUGGCUGCACUGCAGAAAAUUCAAAUACAAAUGUUUCAGUGUACCUAGAUCCUUGUGGAUUUCUUGGACAUUCCUUUCAAAUAUUUGCAUCUUGCUGAUUUUCCUCAUAACUGUUUUCUCCUUUUGGGUCUUCUUGGCUGGCUUCCUUUCCUUUUCUUGUCUCCAGUGGAAAAACCAUUCCCCAAAGUUGCUCUGCUUUCAGCUCAUCUCUCAUAGUCUCUCACUUGGAAUAUACCUCCGUGCUUGUGACUUCCACUGUCACCUGUGCUAAUGAUUCCUGUAUUUAUACUUCUGGCUAACCUGCCUCCUGAGGUGUUUCCAAUAAGUGGUGUGGAUAAUUUUAUUUAAAUGUCUCUGUCAUCUCAAGUAUAAUAUGUCUUAAUACCAAGCUCCUUACUUUCUGGAAAUGUUCUAGGAGGUCGCCUACAGAGAUUCAGUGUAGAAAAUCAAAGAAUUGUUCAUCUGUUCCUAUUGAUGAAUGUCAAAAAUCUGUCUUGUUCUGGGCUGACUGAACAGAGUUAAGUUCUUCUCAGUCUACAUACAUCCAUGAGAGUCAUUUGCAUUAAUAUCCCAGUGAAAUUAGAGUUAGCCCCUAGUUACAUAUGCUCAGCUUCUACUACAGUUUAUGUUGCCUGUCAUUAGGCAUGGAGGAUGGGGGGUUAAUUUGAUCAGGAGUUUUUCCAAAUCAUGUGAAAUUUUUAUUGAAGUGAAUGUAAUUCCCAGAGGGUCCUAAAGUUACUCUGUUCUCAGGCUUCAUAAGAUGAAGGGCGGCCCGAGUCAUCACCCCAGGGCUACUGGUUGCUUAUUGGCUAUAAAUAGACCUGCCCUAGUUACUUGUUAAAAUAGGAGUUUAGCAUGUGGUUUCCCACUGUUUAUAGAAUGAGUGGCUCAUGCAAUUCUCUUAAGUACAUGACUGGGGAUCACAUACAACUGGGCUUAUAAUUCAGAUGCAAUAAGAAAAGUAAGUACCCCCCAAAAAAGAAAAGUAAGUACCCAAUUUUCUGGCCAAUCUGAUACCAUUAUCACUAAUUGUCCCAGGUGACUCAGACAUAAAAGUCAUGAGUUUAAAGCCACAUAAGUUUAAAGUCAUUAUUUUAAGACAUAAUUUAAUAACUCCUUGAUACGUAACUGAAAAUGGUUGUUAACAAGGCUGAGACAUUUUAUUAAGCCAGUUAUGAUAGUUAUCCACUCAUCCUAUUUAUUGAAUGUCUAUAAUGAGACAGCAUUGAACUACAUGGUAUAUGACAUACAAAGGCAUUAUAAUACUCAGACAUUACUCUUGAGAAACUUAUACAAUCUAGUAAAAUUCAUACCUAAUCAAGUUGGUGAGUUUAAAAAAAAUGAGCUAUGAGAUUAAAAAGUUUCUUCCUUCCAUAUGAUUCAAUUAUGAAUUCCCAGGUCAGAUAAAUUUUGGAAGUCUCAAGUGUUAAUUCUCACUGGGGUACAUUCAUAGGGAUCAAGAGCUGAUUCUAUGACUAUGUGUAAGCCAUUCUAAGCACUAAUAGGAUCAAGAAUGAUGUCUUCUCCAGACAUCUCCCACUCCCACUCCCACUCCCUGAACCCCAGCAGGGACAGCUUUAAAACUGAUUUUGAUAUUGGAAUUUAGGGCAGGAUCCCCACCACACACACACACACACACACACACAGAAUUAAGUGAGCCCCUAAGGUGCAUCUGCAGCACUAUAUGAGACAUACCAUACAGGCUCAGGAUGACUGAGCUGUUUUUCUAGUCUGAAAGAUACACCUGAAUGUAAGUUUAGCCUAUUCAUUUUAAAUGUGGAAGCUCGUGUUUCUAAAUGUUACUGAAUGUACUUUUGCUAUCAAGUUGCCUUUCCUACUUUUCUCAGUGGGAGCCAUUUCUGUACAUACACCUAUGGUUAAGAAUAGUGGAGACUCUAUCUAGUGAGACACUGGGAAAGAGUCAAGUCAGAGACACUUGAAAUCAUCCUGUGACUCUAGCUGAGCCAGCUAUAACAGAAUCAUGACAGUGUUUCUGUUUCUGUAAAGAAGGAAAUAUUGCCCUGGAUUUUCAUGAGAAUGAUGGAUAAUUGCAUGACCAUAAAGAUAAAACUAUAGACAGAGAUAAAUGAACCACAAAGGAUAUUCAUUUAUAUGGUCUUCCUAUUCACUUAUAAACCUUUAGUUUUCUUUGUCAGGCUGGAUAUAAGAGAUAGUUUAUUAAAAGGAGGUUUAUUCAUAUUAUGUAGCAAAUUUAUUCUAAGUAAUAUAAAUUCACUGGAAUAAAAGGUAACUUAGUUCACACUAGGAAUAUGAUAGACCAUACCAUUUCUCACUUAAUUACAGAUGAAUGAAGGAACCAUUUAAAAAUUCCUAAGUGAGCCCGUAAUUCUUUCAAAUAAAAUUAGGUAGUCUUAAUCAGCCCUAGAAGAGUAAUGGAAAACUUUUCCAUUUCAGAACCACAUGCGAGCAAACAUACCAUAGCCCAAUCCUUUUCCAUUGGACACAUCCUCAAUUAGAACAGUAUGUUUCUUCUGCUGUGGGUAAAUGUUGAUUAAUUGAUGUUUUGUUUGUAAUAUGUUUCAGAAAUGGAAAGAAUUUCAGUUAUAUUUGCAGUGUAAUAAAAUUAAGAUAUUUAAGGUUGUUUAAAAGGCCUUUGCUGCUAAACUUAACAUUUUGAGAGACUUUUAAAAGAUAAAGACUGAUUGUAUUCUUCCAGAUUUUAACUUUAAAAAUUGUGCUCAUUAAGAAUACCAAAGUAUAAUUUUGAGGCCUUCACUCCAGUCCUUUUAUGCAGUGGAAAGACUUAACUAAAGCUGGGAGACAGGAAACCUGGAUUUUAAAUUUAAUCCUUUUAUUCAGCCAACUCUAAGCCUAUUUGAAAAAAUUACUUAAUCUCUAUGAUCAAACUGAAAAUGAGAAAUUCUGAACUGCUUCCCAACGUUAAAUUUUUGACCAUAACCCUAGGGCUUUAGAAUCAGAUUGGCCUGGAUGAGAACCAUCAUCUUGUCCCUUACUAGCUUGGCUUUAUAACCUUGGGCAAAUUACUUGAUCUGAGUCUCAUGACCCACUCCACGGGGUUACUGUGAGUAUUGAAUAAAAUAAUAAGAGAAAAUACCUAGCAUACUGUUUGGCAUUCAGUGUGUUUUUUGGUUUUGUUUUUCUUUGUCUUCAUAAUACAGAGGAAUCAUUUCUCUAAUCUUUUCUCUGUUUCUGUGUUCUCUAUACUAUGGUCAAAGCACUGUGGAGAAUAUAAAGAUGAGAAAGACAUGCAGCCUGCCCUUGAGGAGUAUAUAAUCUAAUCCAAGAAAUGUGAUUUUGAUGUAAACAUUUAGUAUAAACUAGAAAAAUGGGAAGUGCUGUGAGAGAAUCCCACAAAGCUGUGGACUUUAGAGAAGGCAGCCAACAUAUACAUUCACAUCAAUUCCAGAGUUCAGAUGGCUGGGAGAAAAUAAAACGUAACCUUUGAAUGUUAGGAGAUGUUAUAAUUGUUAACACAAACUAUGAUGAUAUGGACAUAAGAAGUGAUUUUGCUCAUCAUGAGGUGCAUCAGUUUGUAUUGAAAAGAUAAAUGGAUCCUGAUAUGAUCCCCUGGGUAAGGCACAUCAUUACUUUGGAAGUAUUCAUACCAAAAUGCAUAACUUGGAUUUAAUCAUUAGGAAACAUCAGACAAACCAAAUUGAGGGACAUUCCACAAAAUAACUAUCAACAUUGGUUCCUGGAUUGGAUCCUGAACCAGAAAAAAGAUAAUAUUGGAGCAACUGGCAAGAUGAGAAUGAAAUUGGAUCUAUAGAUUAGCUAAUAGUAAAGUAUCUGUUAAUUUCCUGGUUUUGUUUAAUUGUGCUUUGAUUAUAGAAGAUGUUAACAUUUAGGGAAAGUAGGGAAGUUUAAUGGAAGACUUUUUAGUACUUUGCAACAUUUUUUAUAAACCUGGAGUUACUUCAAAGUAAAAGCUCAUAACAUAAAAGAAGAUAAUGAAUCAUCCUAUAGUAUAAAUGCUCUGCAGAUUAAAAUAGGUCAAGUAAAUACCUAUUUUAGAUUUAUAUGUGAGAAUUAAGGGAAGCUGAGCAGGCACAGCAAAGCCCCUCCUAAAUUUAAAAGCAUUUUGACAGGUUAGAAUUGACCCACAACCCAAAACUAAGAUACUGCACAUAAGAACCAAAGAGAUCUAAAUAAUCUUGUCUUCAGAGUUGGCAGUACUUGAGUUUAAAACAGUUUUUACUGGCCAAGACAUCCUUCCGCCUUCCCCAUCCCAUGAUGUGCAUUAAAAUCACAGUGUUCCAUGGCAGUGAGAAUUGACCUUUAAAUCCUGUUUUGAAGGUUUGUUUAGCUUUUCAUUUCAAAUAUUCCAUUAUUUGAGUGGAUAGGUGGCUAAUUUAAAGAUGUGUGUGUUGUGUGGGGGUGUGUCUGUAAUUAUCAAGCUUGAUUUGGGUUUUCUACUGUCUGUUAUUUACUUAAGAAUACUUCUGUUACUUAAUGAAGACCUUGGUUUCAAGGGAUUGAGUUCAUCAUCCUCAUUGGUUUAUAGGACAUUGUCUUGGGCAAAGCUUCUUAUUGUUGAUUAUUUAUUCCACUUUAUCCCUGUACCCAACUUCCGUUUCUUCUUCCUUCCAUGGGCAGUCAUUCUGAUACACUUAAUAUGUAUCUUUUUGCUUUAUGUGUUCCUGUACAGUUUUGUACAGUUUUGUUUAAUAUUCCUGUAUUUUUAAGAUUAUGCAAAUAGGACUGUUAUAUAUAUCAUUCUGUUCCUUGCUUUUUCACUUAGCAUUUUGCUUUUAAAAUAUAUUCAUGUUGUUAUGUGUGUAUCUAAUCCUUGGCUUCUGAUUACUUACUGCCUUCUACUGUACGGUGUGCCCCUUCCACAUCUCAGUUACUGAAGCUCCCCCAGACAGACACCAGGUGGCUUCCAACUUUCACCAGCAACACAGGUGCUGCAGUAUACUUUACAGAUGCUCUCAUAGGGAGCCCUGUGAGUGCCCUGAGGAUGUAUGCCUAAGGGUAGAAUUGCUGAGUUACAGGACCCGAUAACCUUAAUUUGACUAGCCACAUAUUGCUCUCCAAAAUAGUUACUCCCCUCUAACUCUCCCACUGGCAAUCCAUUAGGAUGCCUGUAUCCUCUUACUCCUACCAGCAUUUGGUAUUGUCCAGCUUUCUUCCAGUCAAAUGUGUAAAAAGUCGUACCUUGUUGUUUUAAUUUGCUUUGUCUGAUUAUAAAGGAUUUUCAUGGGCCUGUUAGGUUUCUGGGUUUCUUUUUCUGUGUUUGUAUCUUGUAUUUUUCUAUUGAGAUUAUUCUAGUGACUUAAUGAUUUGUAGUAGUUUUUUGUAUUUUAGAUAUUAAUCUCUUUUUCCAUUUAAGAUAUUGCAAACAUAUUCUAUUCUGUUACAUAGUUAUUGAAUAGAAACUCUUAAUGUAAUCACAAUCAUUUUUAUUUUUUGCCUUAUAACUUAAGCUUUUGAAGUUUUUGAAGAAAACCCUCCCUGCUACUUGAUCAGAAAAACAAUCUCCAUUCUCUUCUGUUAAUUACAUAACUCCAUUUUACAUUUAAGUUUAUCUAUCUGGAAUCCUCCUUUAAAUGUGUUGUUGGGGAGAACCUGUUUUAUUUUUCUCCAACACCAUGUACUAAGCCAUCUAUCAUUUCCCUGUUGAUUUGUGAUGUCACCUUUGUUGUAUAUUAAGUUCCCGUAUAUAUCCAUCAGAAUGGCUUUGAACUCUGUU